ACACAUCAGCAGCAGUGACAGGGUAGGAAGACCCUACCGUGGUGUGAAACCAGUAUUCAGCAUUGGAGAUGAAGAAGAAUACGACACUGAUGAAAUUGACAGCUCCUCAAUGUCAGAUGAUGGUCGAAAGGAGGUCGUCAACAUCCAAACAUGGAUAAAUAAACCUGAUGUGAAGUAUAACUUCCCCUGUAAUGAAGUAAAAGAAAGUGGACAUAUGUUUCCCAGUCAUCUUCUAGUAACAGCAACUCAUAUGUACUGUUUGAGAGAGAUUCCAUCGCGAAAGGGACUGGCUUACAUACAGUCUCGACAGGCACUCAACUCUGUAGUCAAAAUCACAUCCAAGAAGAAACACCCAGAACUGAUCACCUUUAAAUAUGGAAAUAGCAAUACUUCAGGCAUAGAAGUGUUGGCAGUUGAAAGGUAUUUGAUUCCAAAUGCAGGUGAUGCUACCAAAGCCAUAAAACAACAGAUCAUGAAAGUAUUGGAUGCCUUGGAGAGCUAAUAACUAAAGACUUUUUAUAAAGAAGAAGCAACCAAGAUAUGUGGACACAAACUCACUUUUCCAGCUGAAUACUAACUUAUGAGAAACUUUCUGUUUGCUGAUGGGAGUGCCUGAGUAGCAGGCUUAAGAUAGGAUAAAUUAUUAUUAAUUUCUGAAUGGGAUUUUUUUUUAAUACUUUUUUUUGUUCUUUUGAAUAAAUGUUUAUUAUAAAGGUCAGUUUGUUUC